CCCCGCUGACGAGCCGCCCUCCAGCAGCGCACGCCGACGAGGUGUCGCCGGAUCACGACAGGAUGCGGUCGCAGCUGGCCGGUCUCCUGAUGCUGGUGGCCGCCUGCGGUGCGGCCAAGCUGCCGGACGCGGCGGCGACCACGCCCGUGCGCUUACCGCGCCGCCUGCCCGCCUUCGGCGACCGCCUGAGCGCCUUCAGGGGCUUGCUGGGCCCCUUCAGAGGCGCGGUGCCCCGCCUGGCGGGCCCCGUGGCCCUGCCGGCGGUCCGCGCGCACGCCGGCCGGGCGGGCGCUACGGCCAAGGUGCCAGCGGCCAGGGGCCCCGUGCCCGUGUUCGGCCUGCGACUGCCGCCAGCUGACAGCCGACUGCUGACCAACUUCAGCUCGCAUUGGCUCCGAACGCCAUUCUCCUACCAGUAUGUGAUCAGGCACCCUGGCGUGGUGUACGGCAGCCCUCCGCCGCUGCACCCGGCGCUGAAGCUGUGGAAGCCAAACGGUGGGCGGGCGCUGCUCCAGCCGCACAGGCAUGCUCCGACCGUGCCGGCAAAGGCCGACCCCCAGCCGCUGGCGACGCCAGAGCUGUCCCCGGCCACAUCCGGGCAGCAGACGCUGACGCCCAAGCAGGCGGCGCGAGCGCCCUCGUACAUCGACUACUACAUUCCCCCCAGUGGCGCUCAGGGCCGUCAUGUUCAGAGCAUCGGAAACGGCGUUAGGAACCCACUCGCGCUGUUCCCCAAGAUCAACGAGCUCACUCCGCCGGACAAGGAGUACUUGCCGCCUCCCGAGGCGUCCACUCACGUUCACCCAACGCAACAGCACAGUACUUUUGUACAAGAACAGUACCUCCCGCCGAAAGAGGGGCACUUACCACCUCCAACAGAAGCGCAUGUGCCACCGCCGACGGGGGAGUACUUGCCGCCGCCAUCGGUGGCGCAAGUGUCUGAACCAUCAGGGGAGUACUUGCCUCCGCCAUCGGUGGCGCAAGUGUCUGAACCAACAGGGGAGUACUUGCCGCCGCCAUCGGUGGCGCAAGUGUCUGAACCAACAGGGGAGUACUUGCCGCCACCAUCGGUAGCGCAAGUGUCUGAACCUACAGGGGAGUACUUGCCGCCGCCAUCGGUAGCGCAAGUGUCUGAACCGACAGGGGAGUACUUGCCACCGCCAACGGUGGCGCAAGUGUCUGAACCAACGGAGGAGUACUUGCCGCCGCCACCGGAGGUGCAAGUGUUGGAACCAACAGAGGAGUACUUACCGCCGCCACCCGCGGAGCAUGUCUCACCACCGGCGGAACAGUACCUGCCUCCUCCACCAGACAAGUCACCACCAGAGGAUCCGCAUAUACCGCCAUCAGCGGCGCAUUCCCUGCCGCCAUCAAAUCCGGAACACUUGGAGCUUCCCAAAGAUGAAUAUCUGCCUCCACCCAAAGAGCAGGCCGUCGCACCGCCAGCCGGCGAGUAUCUGCCUCCAGAAAAGGAAACCACGGCGCCAGAGCAGGAGUAUCUGCCGCCGCCCGCAGAGGAGCACGUGCAGCCGCCCAAGAAGGGUCAUGUACCUACAAUUGAAAAGGAGUACCUGCCUCCACCGGGUGGGCGGUUUCCGUCGCGGUCAUCGGGUCACCAACGCAAAGUGGCUUCCACUACCAAAUAUCGCAAGCUAAAAGUGGUGGACGGCGUACUGCACCGGGUCAAUAACCCUGGUGACCCGUGCGAGGGGAUGGUCUGCGGCGCCCGCCAACGCUGCCAGGUGGUGAUGGCUUGCGGCAAGAGAGGCUGCCAGGGCCGCCAGCGUCUGGCAGAGUGUGUUUCCCGGAGCCACCCAGCAUGUCACCACUGCCGCACAGACGAGGUGUGUGUGCUGAAAAAGCACUGCGCCUUCUCCGAGAGACUUCUGGCUCCGGGCCAUCAGAUCAUGAUGCGUGACGACCUCCCACGGCACGGCGUGCCCAAACUGUGCGAGUAG